CACAGCCCCCCACCCCACAUCACCUCACUACACUUCACUCCCUAGCCGCCCCUGCGCUGCGCCGCACCGUGCGCCGCUCCGCACCUUCGUUCCCCCAGCCGGCCCCGCCCAAACCCAAUGGCGCCUCGCCAAGCCGUCCUGGCGGCCGUGGUCCUCGCCGCGCUGUUCCCGCUCGCCCUCUCUCGCGGGCUGGGCCUGGUGCACGGGCAUGUGCGGCCGCACGCGCACGGGCUGGGGCUUGGCCACCACCACCCCAGGCCGCACCCCCAGCAGCAGCCGCACGGCCACGCACCGCUCGGAGGUGGCGCGUGGUCCUCGGCUCACGCCACCUUCUACGGCGGCGGCGACGCGUCCGGCACCAUGGGCGGGGCGUGUGGGUACGGCAACCUCUACAGCCAGGGGUACGGCACCAACACGGCGGCGCUGAGCACGGCGCUCUUCAACAGCGGCCUCAGCUGCGGCGCCUGCUUCGAGGUGCGCUGCGACGCGGCGGGCGGCGGGAGCCACUCGUGCCUGCCGGGCUCCGUCGUGGUGACGGCCACCAACUUCUGCCCUCCCAACAACGCGCUCCCCUCCGACGACGGCGGCUGGUGCAACCCGCCCCGCGCCCACUUCGACAUGUCGCAGCCCGUGUUCCAGCGCAUCGCGCUCUACAGGGCCGGCAUUGUCCCCGUCUCCUACCGCAGGGUCGCGUGCAACAAGAAGGGCGGCAUCCGGUUCACAAUCAACGGCCAUUCCUACUUCAACCUGGUGCUGGUGACCAACGUGGGCGGCGCCGGCGACGUGCACGCGGUGGCCGUGAAGGGCGAGCGCUCCGCGGGGUGGCAGGCGCUGUCGCGCAACUGGGGCCAGAACUGGCAGAGCAACACGCUCCUGGACGGGCAAGCGCUCUCGUUCCGCGUCACCACCAGCGACGGCCGCUCCGUGGUCUCCAACAACGCCGCCCCCCGCGGCUGGGCCUUCGGCCAGACCUUCAGCGGCGCCCAGUUCAACUGAACACCCGACACCCCGUUCGUUCCCGCAGCGUCGUCGUCUUGUCGACGCAGUGGUGGUAGUACCAGUAGUUCGUCGGUCGUGGUAGAGUCGUCGGUCCACCCCCAAUUGGAGCUUGCCGAGAGAGGCGCCAUGGUUUUAUGAGUGGUGCAUCUCGCAUUGGCUCCUGGGAAUUACCAGUAGUUUUAGGCCUAGUAUUAGCGCAGGUUUUAUCGUGCUGGGCAUGGUGUGUGUUGGCGUUCCUGGGUUGUUUCGGCUUGGGAAUUGGAAGUGGUGGUAAAGGCUGGCUUGGAGAUUAACGGAGGCAGGCCGCCUUGUAUCACCCGCCAAUUAAGCGUUUUGGGCCUCAUGGUGAUGGCCUCUUUUGAGAAGAGAUGUUUUGUGGUUUGUGGGUUAUCAAGUGCGGUUGUAAUGAACCUAUAUCAAGUUACUGUUAUCCUUUUGAA